AUGGAUCUCGAAGAGGUUUGGACGGAGCUGGACCUGAUUUCCAUGCGGCUUCAGGAGGAUGGCUUGUCUUCGGAGGCCAACGCGGAAGAAAGGCAGUGCCACCUGUGGCGGCUGCUGCUCAGCAGUGAGAAGAAGCUUAAGUCAGCCACUCAGGAGCUGCAGGCCCUGCGUACGCAGCAGGCCAAGGAGAUGAAAGAAGUGGAGAGCUACGUUGCGCAUAUUCGAGGGCUGCUGGAGGAGCGUGAAUGUCUGACUGCAGAGUACGAGAGGGACAAUGAAGACUUGCGACGUGAGCUUCAUCAGAUCAAACACCAGCAAGAGACUCAAAGCAAGGAGCUGGCUGAGAUGCUGGCCCAGGAAGAGCUUGGGGACAUGGGUUUGAGCACUCCCAGUGAGCAGGUGGCGUACUUGCUGGUGGAAAGAGCCACGCUGCUGGAAAGGCUGGAGGCUGCCGAGAGGAAAUUAGAAAGUCAAUUUGUUGCUGGCAACCUGCUCGAAAUCGAUCACCAGGAGCAUAUACACCACAUAAUGGGACAGAACCUCAAGCAGCAGAGGGACGACAUUCAGAAGACUGUAGAUAAGCAGUGUACAUCACAGAGUCCCUGGAAGAAGCUGUUUGGCUUACGCAGGUCUGGUCAGAGCAAACACAAUAUUACUCCUGCCCACAACGAGGAGAUUUCCAGAGAGCGAAAUGAAAGGCAGCGGCUGGAGAGGGACCUGGAGGAGGCAUCAAUCAGGCUUUCGAUGGCUCAUCAGGACAUCCGUAGGCUCAGUAAUGAGCUGGAUGCAGCCAAAAGCAGCCACCAAGAUCAAAAUGGAUCUGAGCUUCAGGGAACUGUCCAAGAGGUAGAGAACCUGAGGAAGGAAGUGGACAAACUGAAGCACUGUGACCUGAUGAAUCUUCAGCGUGCCAAAGAGCAAAAUGACAGACUGGAUGCUGAGAACAGAGCUCUUAGGGAGAGGGUCCGCCUUAUCGAAUCUGAAAAGAAAGAGCUUCUGGAAAAGGAAACAAAGAGUGAGGUGGCCAAAGAAAAUCCAAAGGACGAGAGCAGUGAACCACACAACAGUCAGUCCGUCUUGUCAGCUCAAGAUAAAGAUCAGAUUCACAAACGAUGUCAAGAAGCAGUGGAAGAUGGACUUGUGCAGGUGAAAGAGCUGCAGCGGAAACUCCAAAGGCUACGCAAGGAGCAGGAGGAGCUGGAGGAGAGGAACGAGGAGCUGGAAGCCCUGCUGGGUGAGGCCCAGAAUGCCAGUAAGGAGGAGAGACAUCGGCAUGAGGGAGAACUGGAGGGACUGCACAGGAGGAUCAAAAGCCUCGAGGCUGAGCUGAAGAAGCAGGCUGCCCAAGAAAAAGUGUUGAUGAAUGGGGAUGAGGUCAAAACCUCUGAGUCCUACUUACAGUUGCACUUAAAGGACAGCACCCAGGAGAGGCUGGCCCUGCUCGAAGCUCGUCUAACUGAGGAGAAAGACUGGAGGAAACAGCUGGAAUUAGACCUCAGUGCUGCUCAGGCUGCUCUUAAGAAAGACAAGGAGGCUUUGCAGAUAGGAGAGCGUGAGCUAAAGAAACUGAGGCUUGAGGUCAGCGGCCUUCAGACCGAAUGCCAACAGGGGAAAACACUGAUCAAGAGCCUUACUCAAGUCAAAGGGGAGAAAGCAAUUCUGGAGGAAAAGGUGGCCAAAAUGGAGCGUGCCAACAGCCGACUCCAGAGUGAGCUGGAAUGCUACAAGAACAGUAGCCAGCCCCAUGAGGACUCGAGGAUAAACAGGUCUGAGGUUGACCAGCUGCAGGAACGGGCUGACCGUCUCACUGCUGAACUCAGCAGCCUCAAUACAGCGCACAACACCCUAAGGGACGAGCUGUUCUCCGCCCAGCAGCAGACCGCUGAGCUCCAGGCCAAGCUAAGCUUCACUGUUCAGGAGAAACUAUCGUCCGAGGGGCAAAAAGUGAGACUGGAGCUGGAGAUACAGCACCUUAAAAAGCAGCUGCUAUGGCACCAAGAGCAGCGAUCCACAAAACAUGCGAUUAUAUGCAGCCAGAAGCCCGAACCUCAGACAGCUAACACAGAACCAAGGCUCAGUCCAACAGAGACGUCGAAGGAUGAGGGCUUAGAUCAGCUUUCAAGUCUGAAGCAGGAGCUGAAUCACCUGCAGAGCAAGCUGGAAGAGGAGCAGCAGCUGGCCUUUCAACAUCAACUCAUACUUGAAGCUCAGGUCAAUGAAGCACAGGCACUUAUCAAGUCUCAAGAUUCAGCGCUGAGCCAGAAAGCAGAAGAGGCUAAACAAAUGAAGCAAGAUCUGCAGAGGGCCCAGAGCCUAUUUACAUCUGCUGAGAGAGAGCUGCGUUAUGAAAAGGAGAAGAACAUAGACCUGAAGAGACACAACACUCUUCUAGACCAGGAAAAACUCAAGCUCUCUGCGGAAGUGAAGCAGGCCCAGAGCAAGCUGGCCCAGGUGGAGCAGAAAGCCCACUCUCAGGUAGCCGAGUGUGACCGUCAGCAGCAGAGAAUCAGGGAGCUAGAGCUGGAGCUGGCACGCAGCUGCACAAAUCGCAUCGCGACCACUAGUCUGCAAGAGGAACUUCAGGCUGAAAGAGCACGGCUCAUCGCCGCUGACAAGAAGGUUUUGGAGUUGCAGCAGCAACUGAAGAAUGUCCAGCAUCAGCUGCGUGUGGAGGAAGCUCGGGCCGGCGAGAGCAGCCGCCUAGAGAGGGACAGCAGGGAUCUGUCUGACACCUUGUCCGCCCUGAGAGCCCAGCAGCAGGAGGAGCACAUCACCAGGAAGCUGUUAGAGCAACGCGAAGAGGACCUGCAGCAGCAGGUGCGCUCUCUGAGGCUGAAGGAGGCCUCGCUGGGCAGGAUGAACAUGGAGCUCAGCCACCGCGUCCAGCUGCUGGACACCCGCCUGUCCGUCCUGGAUGAUGAGCUCAGCAAGUCGAGAGAGGAGGCAAAAGACAGACAGAACUCCAGCAGCAGAUUGCAGGAGGAGCUGGCGGUCAGUCAGCAGGAGUGUGAAAGGCUGCAGGGGGAGCUGCAGCAGGUUCUCCUCAAACUUGAUGUCCAUGUCAGGAAGUAUAAUGAAAAACAGAGUCAGCAUAAGACCAAGCUGCGUCUAGCCAAGCAGGUUUUCCUAAAGGCGACUGCACAGAGAGACGCCACCAUCCAGCAGCUGGAGAACGACCUGGCACUGGCGUCCAGCCUGUCACACAAGGAAAAAGAAAGGAUCCAUACAGUGGUGAUGGAAAAUGAGAAGCUGCUGGAGGACAAGAGAGAGCUGUUGCAGAAGAUAAGCGACGCAGAGGACAUGGGCAGCCAAGGCAUGAGGACGGCCUCGACAGUCCAACACAGGGUCAACGUAUUAGAAGUGGAAAACCGACAACUACAGGACCGAACAAUGAAGCUCUCCACUCAAGUCAGUUCCUUGGAGCGGGCCCUGCGGAGCGUCGAGUCGUUCCACAGCCUGGAGCAGAAUGCUAAGAAAGCGCUGCCCUCUGAUAGUCUCGCUGAUGGGUUCCUGUACUCGUCUGCUCUAAGUCUGACAUCUGGCUCCUGUGACCAUGUGGACAUCCUGGAUGCAAUCCGCCGUGCAAAGGUGAGCAAGCACUCGGUGUUGGAUGGCCCGAGGGCGUCUGCCUCCACACAUCAGCCACCUGAGCAAGGAUACCUGAAUCUCACCUCCCCGCUGGUUCCUCCAGCCUCCACCAAAGGCACAGAGCAGAGCUCUAACAACAGUGACCCCGUAUGA